GCUGUCUGUGUUUACCUCCCAGCCCAGCGCUGCUGUACUGUGGCCAGCUGGACACAAACCACCAUCCGCAGCCUCAACUAGCCCGAAAAAAUACUAAUGUAAGCUGCCUCGUUUUUAAUCCUUCGCGGAUUUCCUGCAGCAGCUGUGUGUUAGUGACACCGUAGCGAAGUUGUGAUGAAUAAGGAAAUCAUGUCACGCGUGGUGAAGAAGAGGCAGGCGGACCCCAAGGUGGUCCAGUAUGUGUGGGCGGCCAUUGAGGUCGUCCGCAACCAGAAACAGAUUGCAAACAUGGACAGGAUCUCCAAGUACCUGAGCCGUGUGUUUGGCAUGCACCCUAAGGAGACUGCCAGGCAGCUGAGCUUGGCAGUGAAGGACGGCCUGGUGGUGGAGACCCUGACUGUUGGCUGCAAGGGCUCCAAGGCUGGCAUCGAGCAGGAAGGAUACUGGCUGCCCGGAGAUGAGAUGGAGCCGAAAGCCGAGGGAAGCAAGGAGUGGGAGGCAGAGAGCCACGACUGGUACUGCUUCGAGUGUCACCUACCGGGAGACGUCCUCGCAUGUGACAACUGCUUCCGGGUUUACCACCUCAAAUGUCUGUCGGAGGACUUCAAGCCCAGAGAUGGAGGAUCCCACUGGCAGUGUGUCGUCUGCAGGGGCAGUAAAAAGAAGAACCUAAACAAACAGGAAAUGAGCAAAUACCUGCGCUUCAUCGUCCAGCGUAUGAAGGAGAGGGCAGUGGACCUGAACAAGAAAGGCAAAGACACUAAACAUCCCAUGUACAAACGACUGAUCCACACUGCGCUGGAAGUCUCAGACAUCCACGAGAACCUGUCUGAAGGAAAGUAUAAAACCUUUGAAGAGUUCAAAGCAGAUGCUCAGCUGAUUGUUCACAACACUGCCAUCCUUUAUGGAGUUCACAGCGACCAGGCGGAGAUCGCACGGCUGCUCUUCAGCGACACAUGCCACGAGCUAAAUGAGCUGUUGUUGUGUAAGAACUGUUUCUACCUGUCGAACGCGCGGCCAGACAACUGGUUCUGUUACCCCUGUAGCCCCAGCCAUGACUUAGUGUGGGCCAAGAUGAAAGGAUUUGGCUACUGGCCGGCCAAAGUCCUUCAGAGGGAUGAAAACCAGGUGGACGUACGCUUCUUUGGCCACCAGCACCAGAGAGCGUGGAUCCCCUCGGACAACAUCCAGGACAUCAAGGUGAGCGUCCAGCAGCUGCAGGUGAAGCGCAGCAACGGCUGGAAGAAGGCGUGCGAGGAGCUGGAGGUCUACCAGCGCUUCCUGAGAGAGGGACGCUAUUGGAAAACAAAGAUGGAGGAGGGCAACAUGUCAUCACACCAGCAUUCGCAGCAGAAUCAGAACCAGAACCAGAAUCAGAACCAGAACCAGAACCAGAACCAGAGCCAGAGUCAGAGCCAGCGGCAGCAGCAGCAGGAGGGCAGCGGGAGGACGGACAGACUGGAGAGGACAGACGAAGCAGAGUCCAGCAUCUCGUCAACCAGCAACGAGCAGGUCCGACAUGUAAGUGGGCUCAAAGGCAGCUUGGAGCCCAAAGCCAAGAAAAGCCGUCGAUCUCAAAUGGUCGAGCCCAAAGAAGAAGCCAGUGACCCGGAGCCAGAGAUGGAGGCGGUCAGCUCCAGCCAGGAGAUCCCCGUGUCCUCGGCGCCCCAGCAGCCCGAGAAGCUGUCGGUGUCCACACAGACUAAGAAAGCCAGCGGAGGUUCCCCGCGCACGCUGCACCGCGGCACACAGACCAACAGCGACGGCGCCUGCCAGAACAUGUGCCACGAGAAGUACACCAAGGUCUUCAACGACGUCAAGGAGAUGAUGAAGGCCGACAACAAGAGGGAGACAGAGAGGGUCGUCCGAGAGGCUCUGGAGAAGCUCCGAGCAGAGAUGGAGGAGGAGAAGCGGCAGGCGGUGAGUAAGGCGGUGGCUGGAGCUCAGGCGGAGAUGGAGAGGAAGUGUAAGCAGGUGAAGGAGAAGUGUAAAGAGGAGCUGGUGGAGGAGGUGAAGAAGGUGGUGGCCCAACACAAACAGCUCAUCUCCCAAACCAAGAAGAAGCAGUGGUGUUAUAACUGUGAGGAGGAGGCCAUGUAUCACUGCUGCUGGAACACCUCGUACUGCUCCAUCAAGUGUCAGCAGGAGCACUGGCACGCCGACCACAAACGCACCUGUCGCAGGAAGAGAUGAACACGCCCCACCCCCUUCUGACCUUACACAGUACGCCAUUGGCUCUCGCCUUCUCCUUCUCCUGUCAGUCAGUGUCUACAACACACACACACAAACACACACACACACACACACACACACACACACCUCCCUCCUUCCUGCUUCUCUACUUGCCUUCCUGAAAACUUUGUGGACCCAAUGUUUUCUGCGUGAAAAGAGCAGUUUGUUCCCUUUUUUUGUUUUCAUUUUGUUUCUAUUAUUUAAUGUACCCAUUGUAUUGAUUUUUCUUUCUAUAUUUUAUGUUUUUUUUCCUCUGAAUCGUGAACAGAUUGCUCAAGAGCAUGGCUCGAAUGCAGAGUUAUGGUAUGAUUUUUGUCGUUUUAUUUUUUCUCAGAUUUUUCCUUUUUUUUUUCUUUACUGAAGUGCUAAUUUUGAGCUUGUGUCAGAGAAUGUGUUAUUUAAGUGUGUAGUAACAGAUGAGCGUUAACUGAAUACAUUUUAUUACCUGAAUUUUUAAAACAAAAAUCACUUUUCUUACUGUAAAUGCUACAAAUACACACCGUCGAUCUUACAAGAAAAAUGAAAAGAUACCGUAAGCACUAUCGCAGCAUCGAACUAGCUCCGCUUUCUUAGAGAAAACCUAUUUAAAAAAUGACAAAAAACUGCAUAUGAUAUGGAUUUGUGGACGACAUGGCUCACUGACGUUAAUAUAUUUUAUUUUUUUUCAUGAAACUGUUGCGGUGGAUAGCACCUUUUAUCAUUUCUACCUAAAAUCUUAAGUCACUUAUUGGGAACAGGGUCAUGAGGUCGGCCUUAAAAAAUGCCGACAAAAUAAAUCUUCCAUGUAAUAUUAUUAUAAUUAAUAUUAUGCACAUUUGGGAUUUUUUUUUGUUUUCUACUAGACUACUUUUUAUGAAUCAGAUUAAAAAGAGAAAGAUUUUAAUUAGUUCUAAAUUGGGGAAAUGUAAAACAAUCUUUCCUGAGCUGGAUCUUAGA